AUGAAGUAUGGAAUGCUUCCCUUCCAGUUCUCAAAACUUACAAAGGAAAAUUACGAUAAUUGGUGCAUAAGGAUGAAGCCGCUAUUAGGUUCCCAAGAUGCGUGGGAGAUCAUCGAUAAUGGGUACGAACAACCUACAAAAGAUGAGAUAUUUUCUACAGAAAAUAAGGAAGCACUGCAGAAAUCAUAUAAGAAAGAUCAACAAGCACUUACCCUAAUUCAAUGUGCUUGGAUGAAUCAAUGUUUGAGAAGAUCUCUUCUGCGGGAAGUGCAAAGGAGGCCUGGCAAAAUAUUGAGUAAUUCGUUCAAGGGGAAGGAGAAAGUAAUCAAGGUACGGCUACAAACAUUGCGAGGCAAUUUUGAGAGACUUGUGAUGAAAGAAUGUGAGUUGGUUGAAGAAUAUUUCAACAGAGUUUUGGUUGUGGUAAACCAACUUAAGAGAUACGAUCAAAAAAUUAACGAUAUUCAAGUGAUUGAGAAAAUACUUCAGUCACUAGCCCCAAAGUUUGAUUAUGUGGUCACUACAAUUGAAGAAUUGAAAGACCUAGAAGAACUUUCAGUCGAUCAAUUGUUGGGUUCGUUGCAAGCCUAUGAAGAGAGGAUGAGAACUCGAGUUGAGCCACAUACCCAAAUGUUGCAAGCCAUUUUAAACUUGAGUAAGACAGAGGAUUCACAAGAGUCUGUUGGAAACCAAAGGGGCCAUGGCAGAUUUGGAGGACGAGAUCAUGGAUGGUCAUGUGGAAAUCUUGGUAGAGAAAGAGAAGGACGAAAUACUCCACAUGGGGAAAGAACUGGUACUCAAAAUCAGUGA